GUCAGAGGCUGUAUAUAUAACUGGGAUAACGAAAACGAAAGUAUUAUAAUGUAGCCACAGAAUGGCGACUGCCUAUCAGUCUGACGAGGAAAACCUUUCUGAUGCUAGAUCUUACGUCAGUGAUGAGUCGGACAGUGAUGGAAACGCAGACGCAGACGUAGAAACUGAUUGUCAGCUUUAUGGGAAAGAGCCCUGCAAGUAUUACAAUGGCCGGGGCUGCAAGGAUGAUGGGAGGUGCCCUUACUUGCACCUCUGCAAGUAUGCCCUGACAGGAAGCUGUCGCUACGGGUCCAAGUGUAAGCUGAACCACCCAAGAGCUGGAAGAGAGUCCUCUGGGGCGAGCGACAGGGGUUCAGACCGAUCCACGUCUACUGACCCAAAGCUUACUGAUGGCCGAUGCUACCAGUGGCAGCUUAAUGAUGGAAAUGACUGGAUGGACGUUAGUAAUGAUCACAUCCUCGAGGCCCAGUACUCACUGCCCCACACCAAGAGCAUCAAAAUCUACAACACACAAUACGGUGCACUGAGUAUAGAUUUUAACAGGAUGAGAGUGUUUGGAAAGAGCCUGAGAGUGAGGCGUCUGGAUGACGGGAAGACUGUGUGGAUCUGGUACUGCACUUUGGGUCGUAAGUGGAUCGAGUAUGGAGACAAGGAUGCGAAGGGCAACCCCAGUCCUGUGAAGAGCUCUGACAUUGAGGAGAAGUUCCAGGGUAACCCAGCAAGCUCUUAUACUUUCACCGUCGGCGCUGAUACCUGUGAGAUUAAAUUCAGAGGAAUGCGACAGGUGACGGCAAAGAGAAAGAGGAAAGUCACCCGUCGACCGAUGUACCGCCAGCAGCCAGCGGGAGCAGGAGUUACUCAAGCAGCCUCAGCUCUCCAGACUCUUUCUCUGGACACCAAACCGCGAUGGCAGUUUGAGGGCGACAGUGGAGGGUGGCACGACUUCAAACACCGGGGCGGCACCUCAACUGAAUGCUCUCUCACCAGCGAGGAGAUUGAGAGGAAGUACCAGCAAAACCCCCACAACAGCAUGACCUUCAAAGUGAAGGGACGCUCCUACAAGCUGGACUUUAAAGCGAUGACCCAGACCAACCUCAAGACCAAGCAUUCACGCAGGAUCCAGCGUGUGCUGGUCUGAGUACUGAAAUGGGAUGGCGAAGACUUCAAGAAGAAAGUCUACAAACAAUCGUGCAAUAACAUGUUCAUACAAUCAAUCUGCCAUGCAUAUGUUUUGGGUGUUUGGAACACACUUCUUUAUUGUUGCUCCUAUAUUUGUCUCUUUAUGGAAAAUGCAAUAUUUUGUUUACAUCAGAAGUCAGGAUGAGAUUAAAUUACACUCAAGGCGUUUUGUUUUUUUAAAACAUGGUUGCCAAAGGGGACUGUGUCAAAAGGCUCUAAAGUUGACCAGCCUACACCUUAAUGCUGCCUCAGAACAACUUGCACACUGCCAGAUGAAGGGGAUGCUAUGGGGACAAACACUCAGAUAUGUCAUGUUACGUUAACCCUGCCAGACAAUCUUUACACUGCCUCUUUCGAUGUAAGAGAAUUCAUUUAGACCCAAAUUUAAAGCUUAUUUAAGGACACAUUUUAACAACAUUAUUCUUCUUCUGCAAAUUGUCUUUGAGGUGUUUUAGAAAAGGGUGCUUACAUCAGGCAAUAAAAAUCUGGGUUAAAUGUUUCAUUUUUUUGCUCAAGAUUAGUAUUUCAUUCUUGGAUUUGAAGGUUAUUCUGCUAAAAUGCAUGUAUUUUCCUUUGAACUAGUACCAAUGUGAUACAGAUGAUAUCAUAGGCUAGCGUGUAACGCAAAGGUGAAAUUAAUGCAAAUAAUAAAAUGCAUUCAUAUACAUAAA